GGAGGUGGGCGGCGUUUUCUUCCAGUUUGUGCAACCUUAUUGUCGUCCGCAUCCGGUUUAGACAUGGGCGUAUGUAAGAGCGAGUGAAAAUACUGUUGAAUUGAGGCGAGAAAGUAGAUCUAAAACUCUAUUGGCCCAAAAUGGCUGUGGCCAUAAGCUCAACGUGUCCAGGCCUGUACUGUGGCAGGAUGAUGGUCAACAGCUCAGUGGAGGGAGAGUGUGGUGUGUGUCCUCGUGGAGAGCGGGCCAACAUCCAGAAGGUAUGUGAACGCUGCACUGAGUCGCCUGAACUCUACGACUGGCUCUAUCUGGGAUUCAUGGCCAUGUUGCCGCUAGUGCUGCAUUGGUUCUUCAUUGAGUGGUACUCUGGAAAAAAGAGUUCCAGUGCUCUCCUGCAGCACAUAACAGCCAUGUUGGAGUGCAGCGUGUCGGCUGUGGUCACUCUGCUGGUCACAGAGCCAGUGGGACUGCUCAGUAUCCGCUCCUGUGGAGUCCAGAUGCUCUCAGACUGGUACACCAUGCUGUACAACCCCAGUCCAGACUACAUCAACACAAUACACUGCACCCAAGAGGCCGUCUACCCACUUUACACCAUAGUUUUGAUCUACUAUGCCUUCUGCCUGGUGCUGAUGAUGAUGCUGCGCCCUCUGCUGGUAAAGAAGAUAGCUUUUGGUCUGGGCAAGUCGGACCGCUUCAAGAGCAUCUAUGCCGCUCUGUACUUCUUCCCAAUCCUCACGGUGCUGCAGGCUGUGGGAGGAGGGCUGCUCUACUAUGCAUUUCCCUACAUCAUGCUGGUGCUUUCUCUAGUCACACUUGCUGUUUACAUGUCGGCCUCUGAGAUACAGUCUUUUAAAAACCUGGUUGCCAAGAAAAAGCGUCUGGUUGUCCUGUUCAGCCACUGGCUACUCCAUGCAUACGGUAUUAUCUCCAUCUCCCGACUGGACAAGCUUGAGCAGGACCUGCCGCUGCUGGCCCUGGUGCCAGGCCCCGCCCUGUUCUACAUCGCCACGGCAAAGUUCACUGAGCCCAGCCGCAUUCUGUCUGAGGGCGGCAACGGGCACUGAGCCAAAUCGUCCAGGGGGAGGGUGUCGUUUGUAUGGUUUCAUCCGUGUGUGUGUGUGUGUGUGUGCUCACAAAUUAACUCAAAAAUGCAUGGACAGAUUUUCAUUGAACGUGGUAGGAAUAUUACUUGGGAGGGUAAUUUUCGAGUUGAUCGGUUGUGUGUGCGUUUGUGAGCACGUGCAUGGGGGGGCAUAUGGUGAAAGCGGUAUCUACCGAGUUUGUUGGAUCCAGCCUGCCUGCAGAGGAUGGUAAUGACUUUACUUUAUAGAGGGCCACCGACGCCAGGGGGAUUUCUCCUGGUUCUGCAAUUGGUCUCUGUGUUAGAGAUAUUUUAUUUUGUGUAAAAAAAUAUAUAUAUAUUAUGAAACACUGGCGGGACAAGUACAGUGUGUAUAUUUAAAAGCCAACAUACAAUAUGUGCAGGGUAUGCAUGCCCCUCCGAUGCUUUUCAUUAAAUUUGAAUUCUGAUUGUCCAUAAAUAUAAUGAUUAAAUUGCAAUUUACCAACAAAGUGACUUUUUAAAAUGGCUCCUUUAGUUGUACAAAUCCUGAUAAAUUCAGUUUAGAGUGAUGGAAACUGCAAUUGCUGCCUGUAGAUAAGCUGCAACCAAUCAGUGGUUAUAGUCUAACUUAAAGAGCAGAUCAAUUUAGUUGUUAUCGAGUUCACAUUAUAAUUGAAGUAUUCCCACCCUACCUGAUGCAAUUGUAUUCAUCUAACAUCAUGCCAAAGUGUGUGGAGAGAUGAGUCGUGGCACUUCAGUGGAUGUUCUUGUAAAGUAAAGCCUCUGGGCUUCAUGUGUAUACCAAAGUGCAAUAGAAGUACGCUUCAGCCACAUGCUGCCAGGAGAGGCUGAGCCUCGCUCAGUGGUUUGUAGCUGAGCAUCUGUUCCUCUGCGAGCAACAACUUACUUCGAAAGGAGUCCUCUGAAUUUGCUGAAAAAACUUAUUUCAAAAGUUAGUUUUUCCAUGUUGAUGUUACCAUUCAAAACAAGCAAACAUAUAAGUAGAGAGCCAGGACAAGAGAUGGCGAGGGUUUGGGGCAUUUGAAAAAAUUAACAAUAAGUUAUUUACAAUAAAGUUCAUGGUUUAACUAAAAUACCAAGCCUCAGUUUUUUUUGAUAACAUCUUAGGAACACUUCGGUCGAUGUAGCUGUAUGGGCCCCCCAAAAUCAGUAUGUCGGCCUCAAGUGUAAUGUAAAUAGUGUCAGUGCUGUGUAUUUUUUGAAUUUCAUUUGUCUGUAGAAUCAUGUUUGUGUUAUUGCAUUUAGCUGUUUAUUCUGUCCUUGUGUCUUGAACCAAGUGGAAAUCCUUCAAAUGGCAUUCACUGUUGUUGUUUUUUUAUGCGUUGAAGCUGCUAAUUUGCUGUGUGUAUAUAUAUCUCAUUGUAAAUAAAUAUAUGAAUGCUUAUGAA